AUGGCAUCCCCCUCGCAGAAACUAAUGGCCCGCCAUCCCCUCCAACGGCUUCCCUCGCCCUCCCGCAGCACCUCAGCCCUCGUUCAUAUUGCUGGCAUAAUAUCCUUCACCCUCUCCUUCAAAUACAUGAUCGACAAUCCUACAAAGAUGAAUGACUCCUACGGCUGGCACAUGCAAUACCUCACAAUCAUCGGCCUCGCAAUCGCCUACGCGACCUUCAUAUGCGCCUUCCUCGCUGACAUUACUCUUUCUCCGAAGCUCUUCCUCAUUAAGAACGUGCUAUCUUUAUGUAGCGCUCCGCUCGCGGUCUUGAUAAGUCUGUUAUAUGGGGUCAUCUGCGCGAUUGACAAAGAGCUUGUGGUUCCACCCGAAAUUGAUCUUGCUCCCAUAGCGGAUAUUGGAUUUCAUGCUAUGCCCGCGAUACUACUUGUUAUUGAUCUACUCUUCCUAUCUCCACCGUGGACUAUCGCUGUGUUGCCUGCAAUUGGAUUGAGCUCCGUGCUUGCAGUAUCUUAUUGGGCUUGGGUUGAGCAAUGCUAUAAAUACAAUGGAUUUUACCCAUACCCCCUUUUUGAACAGCUUGAUACGACGCAAAGAUCUAUCCUAUUUACCAUGGCAGCUUUGGCAAUGGCCGCUACUACCUCAGUUUUAAAGUGGUUAUAUAGCAGGGUCAACGGGACACAGGGGAUACGAACUCAAAGCCGACCAGGGAACAUUAAAGGAGAGUGA